AUGCCUUCCGCGUUUCUUUUGAACGCCUCUUAUUUUGAAAUCAACGACCCGGAAACGUUCUUAAGUCACUUUCUUUCCUUCCCCUUGGCGACCUCGGGCUCGAUUAUGGCUCAGACAGUCCAGAAACUCGCUGCAAAAGUGCCAACUUUAGUCGGCGCCGCUGUCACAUACUCCAAACCCCGGCUGGCGACCUUCUGGCACUAUGCCCGCGUGGAGCUCGUCCCUCCGUCCCCGGCUGAGAUCCCCAGAGCCAUGGAGGCCGCUUCAGGCCUCCUCAAGAGCUACCGGUCAGGGCGCCUGGGACAAACCACAGUAAAGGAUGCCUUGAGGAACGGACUCGUGACCACAGAGAUACUGAUGUGGUUCUACAUUGGAGAGUGCAUUGGCAGAGGAGGCAUUAUUGGAUACGACGUCUAAAUAUUGAACAGCUUUUUCUUCCUCUGCACUUUUAAUCGUCACUUUCUCAAAAACCAGCAUCAAAUUUGCAAAUAAACAGAUAUAUGUACAGUCA